AUGGGUCAAGACGAACAAACAAGGAGUCACAGAAACGAAUCGUCCAUUACCGAGGCUCAAGAUAAUCGUUCCGGGGUGGAAGAAGCGCAACCGGUAACGAAAGUCGAGAACCGAGAACUUACGAGUGACAAGUUCUCACCUUACGACGUAUCCAGUGCACCCAAAGUUUCUAGUGGCCUUCCAUCCGAGAUAUGGGCUAUCGUACAGUCUGCGCCAGCGAAUAUUGCGCCUCAGUAUUUCCUUGAGGUCUGUCGCGAUUUGCUUGAGAAUCCGAACCGGACUUCAACGCAUUUGGCACGCGCAGAGCUCUCGUAUCAAAGUUUCACAGACGCUACGUUCAACCCCAAAGCCAGUACUUCAGAGGAUCUCGCAAGCAUUGUCAAGCACCUGCGGCCAGAAUGCCGACCGCAACUGAUCGAUGGAGGCAUAGAAGGGUACGAGCUAGAGUACACAGUUGUGCGGAAACUCAUACCCCGGAAUCCGAAGUUGGAUGACUCGCUGAUGCAAACCUGUCACAUGUUUGUGUCACAUCAGGACGUGAACAUCAUCGGUCCAGAUGGAGCUGAGGACAUCGUAAAAGCAGAGCGGUACAUGAUGAUAUAUAUCCCUCACGCUGCCACAUCGGAAGCUAUCCCCUAUUACCAUCCUAAAGUUCGUUCUUUAGCAAUGCUAUAUACCCACUUCCCAACUUCCUCUCACUCACCGCCUACAUCCCUGAUUAAUGCAUCUGGGCAUCUGUCUAUUCAUUACUCUUUCUUCCCGGACCUUCCGAUCGACAAUCGUCUCUCCCGCACGGCUCUUAAGCUUCUGGAGGUCAUACACAAACACUCACGCGGCCGGCAGGCUGGGUACACGAAGCGCGUUCAUCACGACCAAAUAAUUGGACAAAAAAGAUUCCAAGACACAUAUGCGUACCUAAAGGGCAAAUAUGCGAAAGAAUUGAUCGAGGGAUGGGUGGAGCAGACACCCGCCGAAAAACAUGUCUUUGAGGAUCUAGGCAUUGCAGCGUUUCUGAUGGAGCUUUGGGGAGACAUGUACAGCUCCAAGAACGGUACACACAAGCAAGAUGACGGAGAUGAGCAGGUGGAGCAGAAAAGGCAAAUAGCACAGGCCAACUUUCCGGGCUUUGUAGAUAUUGGAUGUGGAAACGGUCUUCUCGUCCACAUUCUCAACGCCGAAGGCUGGCAUGGUUGGGGCUUUGACGCCCGUCGCAGAAAGACAUGGGAUACAUUCCCACCAGAACACGCCCAAAAGCUGCAAGAGAUGCUUCUGGUGCCGAAGAUUGUUCAGCCAUAUUCUUCAACCUCGACUGAUCCUCCAACACCACACCACAAUGGUGUCUUCCUGUCCGGCACCUUCAUCAUCAGCAAUCACGCCGAUGAAUUGACACCUUGGACGCCAUUACUAGCCCGACUAAACUCUUCGCCUUUCAUUGCCAUACCUUGUUGUUCGCACGACUUUGGUGGCACGAGAUUUCGCUCGCCGGCGCAUGCCAAACAUAUCAUCGCUGAUCCAGCUACAGCAGCGUCGAAGAAGCCCAAGCAGCCUUCUGCAUACGCUAGUCUAUGUAGUUGGGUGUGUCAUCUGGCCGAGGAGACGGGGUAUCUUGUCGAAAAAGAACACUUGAGGAUUCCGAGUACGAGGAAUAUGGCUGUACUGGGGAGGAAGUCGCUAAGGGGAGAUGAAUGUGGGAACAGCCACGAAAACAUGGAGGAGAGACUGGCGUCCUUGCAGAGUUUGGUAGAACGAGAAAUGGGCGGGCAGACUAUCGGGUACAUUUGCGCCAUGUGGAUGAAGAGUGGCGAUGGGCUGAUGAAGACUGCGAAAGGCGGGCAUUGA